AUGCGAUUGAACUCAGAAAAUCCCUGGCUCACGAAGUCGCGGCAUUCUGCCUUGGUGCAACUCCCUACCCACAAGCUCUGGGCUUCUGUCUCAGGUCCUAUCCGCCUGCCCAAUGCGCCACUAUUGAUCUUCUUCACGGGCGGAGCUGUAUCAUUAGCAAUCUACGUGACAUUGCAGCAACAGCUCAGCGAAAAUGUCCGCGUACUCUUUUAUGAUCGCGCAGGAUACGAUCGAAGCACACUCCCACCACCAAAGUCGCCGGGCGGCGAGAAGGACAUUCUUGCACAAGAUACGGCGGAGGAUCUGAAAAACCUGCUGUCUUUGACACAGCUCAACCCGCCUUACCUUCUGAUGGGUCACUCCUUUGGUGGAAUACCGGCACGCUGCUUCUUGUCCCUCACUCCCUCAAACAUCGCUGGAAUGGUACUGCUGGAUUGUGCCACAGAGCUCAUGAUGGCAAUGCAUAAGCGUCUUCCACCACUAGAACUAGAAGCUGUAACAAGAAAUGUGGACUACGAAGCAAUCACCCAUCUCCGCGAGGAGUCGGGCAUGACUCAGGAACAAUGGGACUACGCCGUCGAAGCACAGGGACGCACAAACGAGAGCUUCGGGCGUGAAGAUACACACGCUGGUGCUGAUAAACUGGCGCAAGAGCGUCAAUUCGAGAAGCAAAUCAUGGGUACAACACCCCUGACUGUUCUCCGCUUCCACGCAACCCACGACUGUCAAGUGCUCUACGAUGCCGGCGUUGCGAACGGCGACGGAACGCAAGAAGAAAGACGUGUUGUGAGAGACUUCAUCGAACGAUUCGGCCUAUACCACGAUCAAAUUGAGAGAGCGCAAUGUCAACUGUCCAAGAAUGCAGAGUUCAGAUACUACGGAGACUUUGGGCAUGAUUUGCCAAUCCGAAGGCCCGAAAUCGUAGUCGAAGAAGUAAAAAAACUCCUCGUUCGCAUCAAGGCUCAUCGCUCUAUGACACCAUAG